AUGCACGCCAUGCUAGUGAUAUGGCGUGCCACUGUCGUGAAAGGCAGGUUGUACUGGGUGUUGACCUCCACACUCGCUGGACUUAUCAUUGAGAUGAUCAUUGUCAUUAUGGUCAACAAAGGUGAAGAAUGGAAAUGGUUCUGUCCCAGCGUUUUCUUCUACCUGGCCAGCGUUGUACCAUCUUUGUGGCUUCUGGAACUCAAUCGCAUCGACCAACUCCGAGCAGGUCUAAAGAAUGUGACGACGACAUCCGUCAAACUCGGACAGAUGGAACUUAGUUUGGAACUUUCCGAACAAGAGUGGGUUCUGCUGAUAGAACAAGCGAUGAUGGUACUGCUUAUCGUUGGUCGCUGGCUACUGCCAAAAGGGGAGCUUACCAGAGCACAGUUAUCACAGCUUCUCCUUGUGUAUCUCGCCUUGGCUGCGGAUAUGAUCGACUUUUUCACCAUCUUUGGAGAGAAAGGGGCAAUAGGAGACCAAAUCUUCGUCUACGCCAUUCUAUCGGGAUGGAGUUGGAGCCUAAUGCAGUUCACGAUUGUCCUCACGGCCACCAAGUCUCGGCGCAUGCGCAUCGUGACACCUGAGGAACAGCCAACCGCUGAUGCUGAGGAGAAGGAAGCUCCCGCCUGUGGCUGCUGCGAGACCGAAUUGUGGUCCAUUCUCAUGACGACCUUCAUGCAAGACGGACCGUAUUUCGUGCUUCGAAUGGUGGCGCUGGCGUACUACAGGGUGUUCUCCUACAGUAUCCUGUUUUUCACGUGCAAGAACGGCAUGAUCCUGAUGCUGCAGUUCUACCGCCUGGUUGUCACAUCAGUAGAGAUGAGGCAGAAGAAGAAAGAAGAAGAGGAACGGCGAAAGUUAAAAGGCCUCGGAAGUUGUGAAACACUGAGGAAGUUAAGUCUUGUUGGAGAUAAAUACAUUCGUGAUAGAUCCAACGAUUCUGGUAACAGCUCAGUUGGGUAA